GGCCGCUCGGUCGCCUGAAACGCCGUGGGUUGGGGUGUGCAGGGCGGACGUUUUUAACACUGACUUUGAACAUACGUACAGUUACUUUUUCACUUAUUUUAAGCUUGUUUAAACUUUUUUUUUUUGCUUUUUUAAGCUUCUGCGCUUUCAGCUAAGCUAAUACGUUACUUCAACUUAACAAGAUGCUUGACAAAGUGACCGGAUCAGAGGCCUUGCCUUUUGCUGUCCAGCUGAAGGGUCUUCUGGAGAAGGAGGCUCGUUACCAGCCCAAGCUUUGUGGCCUCCGCAUCCUUGAGUCUGCCAAUGACAACGGCCUCAGGAUGACUGCCAAGCUGAGGGAUUUUGAGGUGAAGGAUCUGCUGUCUCUGACCCGGUUCUUCGGGUUCAGCGCAGAGACAUUCUCCCUUGCAGUGAGCCUCCUGGAUCGCUUUCUGGCUGCGAUGAAGAUUCAACCAAAGCAUCUCUCCUGUGUUGGCCUCUGCUGCUUCUACAUCGCAAUAAAGACCUCAGAGGAGGAGAAGAAUGUUCCUCUGGCAAAUGAUCUGAUCCGUAUCAGCCAGAACCGCUUCACAGUUUCAGAUAUGAUGAGGAUGGAAAAGAUCAUUUUGGAAAAGCUCUACUGGAAGGUCAGGGCACCCACAGCACUGCACUUCCUCAGGCUGUUUCACUCCCACAUCCAGGAGAAGGUCGAUGCUGACAGCAAGAAGAUUCUGAACAUCGACAGGCUUGAGGCUCAGCUGAAGGCCUGCCACUGCUCCUUCACCUUUACAAAAAUGAAGCCUUCCUUGCUUGCCCUGGCUCUGCUAGCACUUGAGAUUGAGGAGCAGCAUGAAUUUGAGUCUGUAGAAGCCCUGAGAGAGACUCUGCAGGAACUUCAGCAUCAGCUUUCUAUUAAAGAUGGAGAUUUGGCAUGUGUGAGGGAGCUGGUUGCCAAGUGCCUGAUUGAGUAUUCCACCACCAAGUGUUCAAAGCCCAACGGCCAGAGGCUGCGCUGGGUCAUCUCUGGUAGAACAGCCAGACAGUUGAAACACAGCUACUACAAGAUCGCCCAUCUGCCUACGAUUCCUGAAACUGCCUCUUAAAAGGUCUUGGUUAGCUGGCCAUAAUUCAGAUGAAAGGUUGUGAAUUGUGGCCCCCUAACGGUGCAUUGGGUUUCCUUACAGAACUUCUGAGUGAAGAUCUGUAAGGAAAUUUAAUUAAUAAUUGCUUUUUUUGUUUUGUUUUAAACUUUCCUCCCUUUUUUUGCUAUUUAUUUUGUCUGCUUUGACUUUGGAUAUUCCAGGUCAAGGGUGGGUUUGAUGGCAGUCGGCCAGUGAGGGUCUUUCUGACCAGCCUGGCUUUGACUAGCUUGCUCAUGUACGUGUACAGUAUGUUCAUUUGAAUCGGCGCUUUCACUGGUGCUGGUUAUUUAAAGCAGUGAAGUAUUGAACCACCUAGGUCCUCAGUCCACCAUGUGGAAGAGGAGGGAGAAGGGUUUUGCGAAUCAUAAAAUCAAUGGAACCAAGAAAUCGGGCCCAAAACCCUUAACUCCCACCCUAGGUUGCUGAACAGUCCAAAAAGCACACUCCUACCCAAGGUGAAUUAAAAGAUAGUUAAUUUUCUUUCAUUUCUUACGUUAGGGAAGUUUGUUUCUGUGAGGUGAUGAAACCGAAUGAUGCUUAAAACAUGUAGGUUUUAAUCUUGCUGAGUAACUUGGUCCUAACUGAAAUGCUUCUUUAUAACUAACAGUUAGCAAGUCAUGUUUACAUGGCUUUGUGAAACUACAAACUUUGCAGGGUCCAAAUUGCUUUAAAAAUGAUGCCACCUUUUUUUGACUGUGCAAGUCUUCCCCCUCUCUGUCUUAGGUUUUCUGGAGUAAUGAAAUGUUAGAAGGCUUGUACUAGAACCCCAUAUGAUUUUGCUACUAAUUGAAUAAUAACAUACCCUGUAAACAAAGUUGGACCUUUCAAUAAAACGUUAUUGAAAUGCUA